CUACUGUUCGCGAAGACGGCAAAAGCUAAGUUUAUGGACGGGUUCCGAAGGCCGCACCCUCUCCAAUUUUUGAGUUUUUUCUUGGUUUUAUUUUUCGAAGGAUUUCACCUAUAAAGAGCAAAAACUGGCGUAUAACUUUUAACAAUGUAAAAGAAUGACCGCCUAAAUCAAAAAUUGGGCUCAGUAACGUUGUUCCCACUCUUGGUGUUCCUGUCAACACAGGCACUGGUACGUGUCUUCCUCAAACAACCCAUGCAACUGGUUCUCUCCCGACCUAUGUCAACACAGCCGAUUUCAAUGGCGACAAGAAAACCGACAUUGUUGUCACAAACGCCAGAUUAGCGUUCUCUUCAAUACAGGCGACGGCACAUUUACCAGUGAAACGAGCUAUCCAAGUGGUAAUUACCCAAACACUGAUUGCAGCAGAUGUCAAUGGUGACAAAAAACCAGACAUUAUUGUUGCAAAUAACGGCGGAAACACUCUUGAUGUUUAUCUCAAUAAAGGAAACGGCACGCUUGCUGCUCCUACACCCUAUAUAACUGAUAAUGAACCGUGGGGUUUGGCAGCAGCCGAUGUCAAUGGGGACAGUUACCUCGAUAUUAUUGUCGGAGACUACGGGGCUGGCACGAUCGGACACCCCCACCCAGUAACUUAUACAUCAGUAACUUAUAUGAAGACCAGUAGAAAAACCAUAGCCAUGUUGUGUGUGUGUCGUGAAAAAGGAAGUGAUUAG